GACUGCCCAGCGGCCCCAGCUCCCGGGAUCCCGCCGCUCCCAGCCAAUCGCACCGCAGCGCUCGGCCGAGUUAUCCCUCCGCCGGGAGAUUCCCCUGCAGGAGAGGCACCGGGAUCCUGCCGCAGCCUGAGCCGUGUGGGAAUAGUACCGUCCGGCAGCGGGGAGGGCGGGGUUACACGGGCAGCCUCUCUCUAUUGGCAAAGUAACGCACACUGGCUCCCACACACAACCGCUCUCCGGCAGCGCGUCCCGCUAGGGAGCUGGGUUACUGACCGAGCCGGGGUCCUGUGGGGCCGACCCUCCGGCAUAGAGACCCCCCGGCACUGACACCCUCCGGCACUGAGACCCUCCGGCACUGAGACCCCCGGCACUGACACCCUCCGGCACUGACACCCUCGGAGCCUGCUGAGAGAAGCCUAGUACAGCUGUCAUUUAUCCUCCCAGCAUUGGAACCCACUGAGCCUGGUACCUUCCCAGCAUUGGAACCCACUGAGUCUGGUACCUUCCCAGCAUUGGAACCCACUGAGUCUGGUACCUUCCCAGCAUUGGAACCCACUGAGUCUGGUACCUUCCCAGCAUUGGAACCCACUGAGCCUGGUACCUUCCCAGCAUUGGAACCCACUGAGUCUGGUACCUUCCCAGCAUUGGAACCCACUGAGUCUGGUACCUUCCCAGCAUUGGAACCCACUGAGCCUGGUACAUUCCCAGCAUUGGAACCCACUGAGUCUGGUACCUUCCCAGCAUUGGAACCCACUGAGUCUGGUACCUUCCCAGCAUUGGAACCCAGCAAGUCUGGUACCUUCCCAGCAUUGGAACCCACUGAGCCUGGUACCUUCCCAGCAUUGGAACCCACUGAGUCUGGUACCUUCCCAGCAUUGGAACCCAGCAAGUCUGGUACCUUCCCAGCAUUGGAACCCACUGAGUCUGGUACCUUCCCAGCAUUGGAACCCAGCAAGUCUGGUACCUUCCCAGCACAGGAACCCAACAAGUCUGGUACCCUCCCAGCACAGGAACCCAACAAGCCUGGUACCCUCCCAGCACAGGAACCCAGUGAGCCUAGUACCCUCCCAGCAUAAAAACCCAGCAAGCCAGGAACCCAGUGAGCUUGAUACCCUUCCAGCACAGGAACCCAGCAAGCCUGGUACCCUUCCAGCACAGGAACCCAGCAAGCCUGGUACCCUUCCAGCACAGGAACCCAGCAAGCCUGGUACCCUUCCAGCACAGGAACCCAGCAAGCCUGGUACCCACCAGUACAAAACCCAGCAAGCCUGGUACCCUUCCAGCACCGGAACCCAGCGAGCCUGGUACCCUCAUUGCACAGAAACCCAGCAAGUCUGGUACCCUCUCAGCACUAACAAAUCAUUUAUGGUACCCACAUAACAUAGACACCCAGCAAGCCCGGUACCUUACCAGCAAAUAAAUCCACUAACCCAAGCACUUGGUACCGACAUAGCGCAGAGACCCAGUAGCCGCCCUCCCAGCAGGUCAGUUUGCCCUACAGAACUAAAUUCCAUUAAAGCAGGAAGUGGAGAGCAGAAACCCAGUAAAGGUGAGAGGAAGCAGGACCGGCACGUCUCGAGUAAAACCCACCGCUUUAACCCUCCCCGGGCGUCUCGCAGAUCAGGUACUGCAUUAGCGGAACCAUACGGAAUUCUGUACAGCUGGUACCUUGUGGGCACAGAGCCGGCCAUAGAAAGCAUCAGUGCCAGAGACCCACCGUCUGUCAAGGGCAGCACAGACUUUAUCUGUUGGUCAUUUUACUGUAUUUUACUGUGAAUUCUGGGGCUGAACAGCAGCCCUAAAGCCCAGUUCUUGCUCGGACUUAGAGCCAUUUCCAAUACCGGCACCGAGGGACCCGAGAGAGGCAGGAAUAGUGACAAAAGGAAUGAGGAGCUGCUGAAGGACGGCGUAAGGGUACCCAGCCGCUUCCUUAUGUGGGCAGUGCCAGAUACGAGGUACCAUUGUGUCUAUCGACGUACUGUAUCCCCCGGGCAGGAUCAUGCCAGGCUGAGAGUGCCAGGGGGUUAAUUGCACUUAGAAUGGCAGAUGGGCAUGACUCGGCAGCCUGCGCCGCUGCCUCUGCAGCUGUCAUUGUGGGACUCUUAGGGGUGCAGGACGGGGCAUUCAAAGCGGCACAGGCGCUGUGUGCCACAGAUCGGACGGGGGAAGAGCUUGAGGUGAAUGGGAGAUGCUCGGAGGAUAGCCCCCAGUCUGGGAGGAGCAGCCGGGACCACUCUGCAGAGAGAAGCCAAGGUGCGGGCAACCUGAGGACCACCAGCAUCAUGAAGGAUGGAUCUCGGCAGAAACAGAAGAAGACCGUCUCCUUCAGCACCAUGUCCAAUAAAAGGAAGAUCAACAGCACCGCCGCGUGCAUCUCCUUCAUGAUGGAAGGCUGUGAAAUGAAGAAGGUGCGUUCGAACUCCAGGAUGUACAAUCGUUUCUUCCUGCUGGACCCAGAUAUGCGCUUCCUGCGUUGGGAGCCAUCGAAGAAAGACUCUGAAAAGGCAAAGUUAGAGAUUAAGUCAAUCCGUGAGGUCCGGGUUGGAAAGAAAACGCCCGUGUUGAGGAGCAAUGGGUUGUCUGACCAGUUCCCAGAGGAGUGCGCCUUCUCCAUCAUUUAUGGGGAGAACUACGAAUCGUUGGAUCUUGUUGCAAGCACAGCCGAUAUUGUCAACACGUGGGUUAUGGGGCUCCGGUACCUCGUUUCCUAUGGCAAGCACACUCCAGAUGUUCUAGGUGCCAAUCAGACAAGCCUGAGAACUCUGUGGAUCUCCUCCUUAUUUGAGAUUGCAGAUUUAGAUAAAGAAGGGCAGAUCCCGUUGCAGAGAGCCAUUCAGCUUAUCAAAGGCCUUAACCCUGGCAUGAAGACCUCAACGGUGGAGCUAAAAUUUAAGGAGAUCCAAAAAGCCAAUGACAAGUUUGGGGGCCACGUGACGUGCGAUGUGUUUGUGGAAGCCUACUGUGAACUCUGUACCAGGCCAGAAAUAUUCUUUCUUCUGGUUCAGUUCUCUAGCAAUAAGGAAUACUUAGACUUGAAAGACCUCAUGAUUUUCAUGGAACUGGAACAGGGUAUGGAAGAAGUCAAUGAAGACACAUCGCUUGAUUUCAUUAAUAAGUAUGAAACCACUAAAGAAGGCAGAGAAAAGGGCUACCUUACCAUCGAUGGGUUUACCCGUUAUCUUCUCUCCUCUGACUGUCAUGUUUUUGAUCCUCACCACAAAACGGUUUGCCAGGACAUGACCAAACCUUUAACCCAUUAUUACAUCAAUUCGGCCCACAGUGCGUGCCAAAUGGAAGACCACUACUGGGGCACGGCGGACAUCAGUGGGUACAUUCAUGCCUUGAAGAUGGGUUGUAGGAGCAUAGAACUUGUCGUUUGGGAUGGGCCCGAUAACGAGCCUCUUAUCUACCUGAGCCUUUCUGUUGUCUCACAUGUAUCUUUCCGUAGCGUCAUCAAUGUCAUAGAUAAGUACGCAUUUGAAACCUCCGACUACCCCCUCAUCAUAUGCCUUGUAGUUCACUGCUCUGUCAAACAGCAGCGCCUUAUGGCCCAGUGCUUAAAAGAGGUCCUUGGGAAUAAACUUUAUAAUUUCCCACCAUGCCCCAAAGAAUUAUACAUGCCCUCUCCUGAGCAGCUCAAGGGGAAGAUCCUCAUAAAAGGGAAGAAGCUUUCUCCAGAACACUCUGAUUCUGAGGGGGACGUGACGGACGAAGAUGAAGGCAUGGAGAUCGCUAGAAGACUGGGGAAUGAUGGAGAGGAACAUCUCGGCGAAGCGGGGCACAGAAAGCUACGCCUGUGCAAAGAGCUUUCCGACUUGGUGAAUUUGUGUCAGUCGGUAAAAUUCAGGGACUUCGAGACUUCAAGGAGUAGCCAGAAGUACUGGCAAGUGUCCUCCUUCAAUGAAGUGGCUGCGAGCCGGUUUUCCAAUGAAUAUCCCGAGGAGUUUGUGAGGUACAACAAGAGGUUUCUCUCCAGGGUAUACCCAAGCUCUAUGCGCAUAGAUGCAAGCAAUAUGAAUCCUCAGGACUUCUGGAAGUGCGGCUGCCAGAUCGUGGCAAUGAAUUUCCAGACUCCUGGUCUUAUGAUGGACCUUAAUACUGGGUGGUUUCGCCAAAAUGGAAACUGUGGCUACGUUCUCCGGCCAGCAAUUAUGAGAGAGGAGGUCUCUUAUUUCAGCGCCAAUGCUAAAGAUUCCCUGCCUGGGGUCUCGGCUCAGCUGCUUUAUAUCAAGAUCAUCAGUGGACAGAACCUCCCAAAACCUAAGGGAUCGGGGGCCAAAGGGGAUGUGGUGGAGCCAUAUGUCUAUGUUGAGAUACACGGAAUUCCUGCUGACUGUGCGGAACAUCGGACAAAGACCGUAACACAAAAUGGAGACAAUCCUAUAUUCGACGAAAGUUUCGAGUUCCACAUCAACCUCCCGGAAUUGGCCAUUUUGCGUUUUGUAGUCUUAGAUGACGACUUUAUUGGGGAUGAAUUCAUCGCCCAGUACACCAUUCCGUUUGAGUGUCUGCAGACUGGCUUCAGGCACGUUCCGCUACAAUCUUUAACCGGAGAGUUUCUUCAGAACACCACCUUGUUCGUCCAUAUCGCCAUUACCAACAGGCGCGGGGGCGGGAAGGCCCAAAAGAAGGGCCUCUACGUCCGCAAAGGGAAGAAAGUUCGGGAGUACACAUCGACCAAGACAACGGGCAUCAAGGCGAUCGACGAGGUGUUUCGAACAGCGACGCCGUCUCUACGAGAGGCCACUGAUCUUCGCGAGAACGUGCAGAAUGCACUGGUGUCGUUUAAGGAAUUGUGCGGCCUGACCCCAGCGGCCAACAUGAAGCAGUGCAUACUGACCGUCUCUGCUUGGCUGCUGAACAACGACAGUCCCUUGACUGUGACUCUGAACCUUCGCUCUCAGUACCCAACGCUGGAAGCCCAGGGCCCAGUACCAGAACUUCUCAAGAAGGUUCUUGCAUCUUAUGAGGCGUUCAUACAAGCCAGCCGGACAUUAAUAGAAACAGCAGAUGUUGUUUACAGCAAAAUUAUUCAGGUGCAGAAGGCAGGGAUGGGAUUCCACGAGGACCUUCAUCGGAUCGGCGCCAAGGAAGGUUUAAAGGGCAGGAAGCUGCAGAAAGUCAUGGAGAGCUUUGCCUGGAACAUAACUGUGUUAAAGGGCCAGGCCGACCUCCUCAAACAUGCCAGGAAUGAAGCUGUGGAGCACGUGCGCCAGAUUCACCACGCCGGCCAGUCCAGCGGCAUCGGCCGGAGCAGCUCCCCCUCCCCUUCUGUAGACGUUUUAAGGCCCCGGGGAGCCCUGGAAUCCAUCCCUGAGGCGGAAAGUGGGGGGAACGCCGGAUCCUGAAGGCAAUGAGCCCAAGAGACAGCUAGAGUGCGACGGUCUCAUCCCGAGACAUAACUGCGGGACUUGUAUCGCGAAGGACUGACUUUCAUCGGAAGACGUGCAAAUCCUUUUUAAUGUUAAUAUAUUCACAGACUAGCCCCGCCCUCACUGUCCCCCCUGUACAACAGAAUGGUUUGGGCUAAAGGGGGAGGUGUCCUGCUACCUCUAUCCACAUUCUCCCUCCCUCCGACUCUCUCUCUGUGUAUUUUAAGAAAUCACUAGCGGUUUAAAUACACUCAUUCAGGUAU